AUGGUCGAGGCAGCGGACGACUCGGAGAUCGAUGCCGCAACACACUGGAUCCACCAGUCCACUAGCCUGCAGCAGUCGGCGCUGCCGCCCGGUGCCCGCCCGCCGCUCGGCAGCCGCCCUCCGCCCCUCCCCCGCCCCAAGGCGCGGCGCAGCAAGGCCACCCGCGGGCCCAGCAGCUGCAGAAGCAGCCCCUGCAGCAGCCCCAGCCAGCAGCAGGACGACAGCGACUAUGAGGACGCCGUCAGCGAUGCAGACGCGGAAUGGGCAGCGGCUGCGGCAGCGCUGGGCAGGGCACCGCCAGAGGCAGGCGCCGACAGCGGCAGCCACCAGGCUGAUUCGCCCGAUGCCCCAGCGUACAAGCGCCGGCGGGGCAGCAGCGGCAAGGCCGUCAAGCUGCGCAACCCCGAGUACACCGAGGAGGAGCGCGCAGAGCUGGCCCGCAAGUCCCGCAAGCGCCUGCAGGACAAAACGCUGAAGUCGUAUGACAGCCACCUGCGCAAGCUGGAGGCCUUCUGCAACAUUCAAGGCUUCACCCUGGCAGCAGCGCAGGACGCGAUGCAGGUGGUCACGAUCAUGGCAAAGUUCAUUGCCUGGGUGGCGAACAACAUGCCUUGCUUCAACUACAGGGGGAAGAAGGAGUCCAUGGUAAAUGCCCCCGACGUGCUGCCCCCUGGCGUGCUGCUCUGCAUCGGUGGCUGGAUCCAGCACAAGAGCCAGGACGUCACCCGCGCCUACUUUGCCGACCGCCUGUGCGUCGUGCCCCCAGACGACCUGUUGCAGGAGGUGUUCCCCAACAUGCUGGGCGCGCUCGUCGGUGGCAUCAAGAAGUUCUGGCACAGGCACAAUGGCACGAGCACGCAGCGCAGCGGGCUACGCAACUGCGGCAGCGGCACCUGCGGCAGCGGCAAGCGCCUCAGCAAGGGGCUCGUUUGUCAGCAGGCCGCCACCCUGUACUAUGAGGGCCACAACGGCUACCCGGCGUGGAAGGACAGGGAGGAAGAGCAGGAGCAGGCCAGCCAGCGCGGCGAGCUGGGCCCGCAACAGUCAUGGCGGUCAGGCCGACGCAGGACCUGGCACCAGUUUGUGAGGGCGAUGCAGCUAGUGGAGGAGGUGGCGAAGAGGGAGCAGUGCACCCCCAUCCAGGCGGCCAAGCUGGUGGACCAGUGCCUGGAGGCACGGCAGGUGGGCAAGGCAAGGAAGAAGAGCUUUGCUUGCCUGGGCCGCUCAGACAAGGCAGAAUCGGUGCGUCAAAUGCUUGGCCUGCCGGCCAAGCCGGAGAGCAGCUGA